UUAUCUUAUCUGAAAAUCUCCUAAGAUUUUUUUGUUUUUUAUAUCGGGAUUCAGUUUAAUUAUAAUUAUAAGUUUAAUACAUAAAUACACAAGAAACCUUUUAAACUAACUACUAUCCAUCGAGCACCGGUAAAAUCAGUCAUUAAAAUGUUUAUCCUCAACAUAUUUUAGUAAAUAUUUUCGUGAGUUUAAUUUUAUCAAAAUGUAUUAAAAAUCUUGCGGGGUUUAGUGAGUGCACUUUGUACGACCCGUUGGAAAAUUUUUUCUUAAUUUGUGGUUUGUGGUUAACAGAUACGCUGAAUUCCGAUACAGCAUUUACAUCAAAAUGACCGAAAGAAUCAAAAUCGACGAGCCUUUAUGGGAUCAAAACACCUUCGUAGGACGUUUCAAGCACUUCUUGUGGGUUACAGACCCCCGAACGUGCAUCGAGAGCGAAGAAUCUUUGGACAACGCUAAAUUGCUGGUGGAGAAAUACAGGAAAGGUCUGGAACCUCCGGGAACGACCAAGGAACAAAUCAUCUAUGCGAAGAAGUUGUAUGAGAGUGCUUUCCAUCCAGACAGUGGUGAAUUGCAGAAUGUCUUCGGCAGGAUGUGUUUCCAGGUACCUGGAGGCAUGGCAAUCACGGGAGCUAUGUUACAGUGGUACAGAACUCCGUUUGCUGUGGUCUUCUGGCAAUGGGUCAACCAGUCCUUCAACGCUCUAGUCAACUACACAAACCGGAAUGCCAAAUCUCCUACUACCACAACGCAACUAGUAGUUGCAUAUGCUUCAGCAACUUCAUCAGCUAUGAUCACAGCCUUGGGAUGCAAGACAUAUUGGGGCAAGAUGGCUAAUCCUUUUAUACAGAGGUAUGUACCCUUUGCUGCAGUGGCAGCUGCCAAUUGCGUCAAUAUUCCUCUCAUGAGGCAAAACGAGAUCAUCUACGGCAUCGACUGCUCCGACGAAAACGGCAAAAUCGUCGGCCAAUCCAAGGUAGCGGCAGCGAAAGGCAUCUCGCAAGUAGUCUUCUCUAGGAUAGUCAUGUGCGCACCUGGCAUGUGCAUUCUCCCCAUUAUCAUGGAACGAGCAGAGAAGUACAGAUUUAUGCAGAGGAUUACGUUCCUGCACGGACCCAUUCAAGUUAUGGGCGUUGGUUGUUUCUUAACCUUCAUGGUACCAGCAGCUUGUGCCCUCUUCCCACAAAAAUGUUCAAUCAAAACUUCAACGAUAGCUUGGUUGGAACCGGAGCAUUACGAAAAAAUUAAACAAAACUGCGGAGAUAAAGUCCCAGAAAGGCUCUACUUCAACAAAGGUCUCUAAAUCCUUCCCCUCAUUGGCGUAUCGUUCAGGACAUAUUUUCAUUUCCUCCGUAGUCCCCAAUACAGCAAAGAAUAAGUAAAUAGAGCAAAGAAUAAGUAAUAAUUUUCAAGAAAUAGUACAGGUAUUCGAUGAAUGCAAUAGUUUUUCCCCUAAAAAUAGUAAAUUUAUCAGAUACGCCAUUGUAGUCGUUUUAGGUUCAACAGAAAGGUUUGUUCUUGGAUAUAAAUGAUUUGACAGGUUUUUCAGAGUAAAUUUGGGUGGUUUUUGUCGCCUGUAGUGACAAAAUUAUACAGCAUUAUUUCUGAUUCUAAACGCAGAUUUAAAAUUACUGUACGUCGUAGUAGAGAUGUCUAUACAGUUACUUUGUUCCCGUAUAGUAACUUGGACUUAUCGGAUCGAAAAAUUCGAAUCUCCGGAUGAAUGUAUCUAGCUCACAAAAUCAUCGUAUCUCGAGGUUCAAAAAUAUAUAUCAACUCGUUUAACUUAAUAAUUUUAUGCUCAAAUAGUGCAGAAUACUGCAUGGGAACUACAGUGCGUCCAUAAAGUAACGCAUAAAUUCAUUAUUUCGUAAACCAGCGACUUUAAAGAAAAAUCCCGAAACAGGUCGAUUUUUAAUUUUAAUUUCCGAUUUUUUGGCAUAUAUAUCAUACUAGUGACGUCAUCCAUCUGGGCGUGAUAACGUAACCGAUGAUUUUUUAAAAUGAGAAUAGGGGCAUGCGAUAGCUCAUUUGAAAGGGUAUUCAAUUCUCUAUUCCCUAAAAUAAACAUUAACAUAAUUAUUUAUACAAGGUGUUCAAAAAAACAUUUUUUUAUUUAAAAUAAUUGAGGCAAAAAGAAGAAUGCAUGUAAUUUUUCUAAUUCAAAAUACGUUUUAAUGUUGUCAGAAAAAAGGAAAAAAUAUUUAUUUGACAAAUAAAUAUUGUUUUUCGCUUAAAUUCAAUGUUAAAGCUGCCACCCACCUGCCUCAUGCCAGUUUGAACAUUUCGUUUAAGCGAAAAUCAAUGUUUAUUUGUCAAAUAAAAUUUUUUCUGUUUUCUGACAGUAGUAAAACGCAUUUUGAAUUAAAUAAAUUACAUACAUUCUUCUUUUUGUCUCAAUUAUUUUAAUUAAAAAAAAAGGUUUUUUUGAACACCCUGUAUAAAUAAUUAUGUUAAUAUUUACAUUAGUGAAUAGAGAAAUGAAUACCCUUUCAAAUGAGGUAUCACAAGACCCCUAUUCUCAUUUAAAAAAAUCAUCGAUUACGUCAUCACGCCCAAAGGGAUGACGUCACUAGUAUGAUAUAUAUGCUAAAAAAUUGGAAACUAAAAAUAAAAAUCGACCUGUUUCGUGAUUUUUCCUUAAAGUCGCCGGCUUACGAAAUAAUGAAUUAAUGCGUUACUUUAUGGACGCACUAUAUAUAGUAAUAUUUUUUUUGUAAACUAUUUCACUAUAGUCUAGACGCCAAAUAGAGGUCACCGUGUCCUUGUUAAUUCUGAUGGACAAACUCAACGGUUUCUUAUGGAUUUUUGGCUGCUGAUUACGAAUUUCGCGGGUGGAUUUCGAUCCGAGUGGUCAAAAAAUUGUUAUAAACAAUUUAAUUGUUUAUAAGGCUCUGGCUCAUGGACGUAUCUCUGGCUCAUAACUAAAAGAGAUAAAAAAAAUGUUUCAAAUAAAAUUUGUUCGUUAAUAAAAACGAAAAAAAAAACGUUUACUAAACCUAAAUCCAACAAUUAGAACUCAAGAUAUUGUAAAAUUAGUGCACAAUACAAAUUGCAAAUUGCAAAAUAAGUAUUUUUCGAAGCUUUAUCGAUCGUAACUCGGCUUCUACGAAUGCAAAUGAGCCUUAGAAGAUCUCAUUUUAAAGCUUAAUUAUUAGGCUUCCAAACAAAAUUUGUUAAAUUACUUUAUCUUCAUUUGUUUUAAAGUUUAAUUUUCAUACCCGUUUAAAGUUAUAAUUUUCUUAAAAAAAUUAUACUUUAAUUUGUUUAUAAGGGUUUCAAGCAAAUUUGAGCUAUAAACAUUUAUACUUUAAUUAACAAUAAUGAUAGAAGAACUCAAAAGGAACAAUUUGAGCUUACGAAAUUGUUCGUAAGUUUAUUUUUUGCCAAGAUAUCGAUAUUUGGCUACGAAUUUCGUCACUUACUUGACUGUGAGCCGAUCUUGCGCCUCAUAGCGCGCCAUUAAAAUAUCGAUAUCUUGGCCAAAAAUACACUUAUGAACAUUUUCAUAAGCUCAAAUUAUUCCUUUUGAGUUCUUCUAUCAUUAUUGUUAAUUAAAGUAUAAUUGUUUAUAGCUCAAAUUUGUUUGAAACCCUUACAAACAAAUUAAUGUACAAUUUUUUUAAGAAAAUUAUAACUUCAAAACAUAUAAAGAUAAAAUAAUUUAACAAACUUUUGUUUGGAAGCCUAUUAAUUAAGCUUGAAAAUGGUAUCUUCUAAGGCUCAUUUGCAUUCGUUGAAGCGGAGUUACGAUCGAUAAAGCUAAAUAAAUUUCGUCACUUACUUGACUGUGAGCCGAUCUUGCGCCUCAUAACGCGCCAUUAAAAGAUCGAUAACUUGGCCAAAAAUACACUUACGAACAUUUUCAUAAGCUCAAAUUGUUCCUUUUGAGUUAUUCUAUGCUAAGGAUGCAGAAAGAAAAAGAACUUGCGCUUACUAUUAAAAAGCGCAAACUGUAAUACUUGGGACAUAUAAUAGGUUUGUUCGUAGAACGAUCAGUAACCGUUGCCAACCGUCAGACGCAAGCGCGUUCGUAGUCUACGAACUCGAACUGUUAACUGCGCAGCGCUAACUGUUAACUGCGCAUGCGUUUGAUGGUUGGCAACGGUUGCUGAUCGAUUGGAUCGUACUACGAACAAACCUAAUGAGGGGACAAAAGUACCAGCUACUACAAUUAAUUAUUCAGGGAAAAAUAAUAGGUAAAAGAUCCAUUGGCAGAAGAAAACAUUCAUGGUUGAAGAAUUUAAGAGAUUGGUACAAGUGCAGCAACUGCCAAUUAUUUAGAUCUAAGGUAUCAAAAAUACGCAUAGCCUUGAUGAUAGCCAAACUUCGGAACGAGGACGGCACCUUAAGAAGAAGAAGAAGUUAUUCUAUCAUUAUUGUUAAUUAAAGUAUAAUUGUUUAUAGCUCAAAUUUGUUUGAAACUUUUAUAAACAAAUUAAUGUACAUUUUUUUAAGAAAAUUAUAAUUUCAAACGGGAAUAACUUUAAAACAAAUAAAGAUAAAGUAAUUUAACAAACUUUGUUUGGAAGCCUAUUAAUUAAGCUUUAAAAUGAGAUCUUCUAAGGCUCAUUUUCAUUCGUAGGCUCAUUAAGUUUAGUAAACUUUUUUUUCUUCGUUUUUUAUUAAGGAACAAAUUUUAUUUAAAACAUUUUUUCUAUCUUUUUUGUUUAUGAGCCAGAGCCUUAUAAACAAUUAAAUUGUUUAUAACAAUUCUUUAACCACUCGGAUCGAAAUCCACCCUCAAAAUUCGUAAUCAGCGGCCAAAAAUCCAUAAGAAACCGUUGAGUUUGUCCAUCAGAAUUGAAAAGGACACGGUGACCCCUCUGGCGCCUAGACUCCUAAGCUAUAGAAAUGUAUAUAGGUACAGUAUUUUUCUAGGGCAAUGAUUCAGUUCUUUUCAUUAGACUCAUUCAAUGAGCAUAUCCGACUCACAAGCAUAUCAUAAACUGAUCAAGGUGAAACAACACGAUGAAUCCACAGCAUGAACAGCACGAAAAUACCUCAAGAAAAUAGCUUCAGAACAAAAUAAAGUAUAUUUUAUUGAGUCAUUGCAGGGAUAAAAAAAACUUGAUUAACACGUUCGAUGUCCAUCUUGAACAAACACCACAUGACUGGUACCACGUACUUAAAUGGUAACGAAAUACCACCGUCGACACCCAUGCGUCGUCGACACCCUUGAUGAAACCCUCGUGCCGACACUCUGUCGGCGUAGGCAAUGAACUAGUCAUAGAGGUAUGUAUUAACAUAGAGUGAGCCUACCUUCCGCGCUUCCUGACGACAAGAUCUCAUGGACUGGUUUGCGGCAUCUCUUUUUAACACAUUGGAUCGAGAAACUAAGAUGACAUUAAGUGUGAGGAUAGGUACGGAAGGGGAGGACAACUGUCGCAGCUUUACUACGCUUGAGAGUGAAACAGCACUAAUCCAAAUAAAAAAAAUGGUGUCGUCACUUCGUUUUGAAUGACACUCUCUAUGCUAAUAUAUAACUUUAUGAAUGAAACCCUCGUGCCGACACUCUGUCAGCGUAGGCCAUGAACUAGUUAAGAAAAAUUAUUUAUUGAUAUAUCUACCAGUGUCUGUCAAAUUGUCAACUGCCAAACUGAAAAAGUAUCAAUGGAAAAUAAGAACAAAACUUUCUGUAUUUGUAGUGAGAAUAGUAUAUAAAAAACUGGUAUGACUUUCACCUGAAAGUAUACGUAAUCGAUAACUGAGUCAGUUAUCUUAUUUAUUGAAAUUUUUGUUUACAAAAGUCAGACGAAACUAGGUAAAUCAUGUUUUUAUUUUUGGCAGUAUGGUUAAAAAAAAAUGAAGAAUAAGCUGUCAUAUUGUGGGAGGGAAAUGGCUAAACCAUGAUACUAUAAAUAAAGAGAUAGUAUUUUCCCGUAGCGCAAAUACGUCUGAGUUCGCGCAUUGAUGACGUAACUGGAGACCGGAAGUUGAAUUUGAAUUCUUGUUAAAGUUAAAUGGGAUUUGUAUGCAUUAUAUGAUGAAAUUAUUCAAUUAGCAAAAUAACAUUAAACUUCAAUGUAUUGGAAAAACAUUUAGUGUCGAGAUUCCAGUCAAAAUAACUCAAAAAUAAAAUAUAAAAUACAACCGCGAACAAUUCAAAGUAAUCGGACAUUACGAAUGAUUACGAACCAUUACGAACUUGUCGGUCUCCAGUUACGUCACGACUUCCGGAUGUGCAAUACUUAGACAAGGAAAGAGAGAGGACGAGUAAUCCUUGACCAAAAGUGAAGCCAAACUGACACCAGAGAUUUUGAUCAUCGACGUAUCUUUGGGGUAUUGUUAUGCAUUGAGUAUUUAGAAUAAAAACAUGAAAUGUAUUUAAAAUGAAGAAUUUGUGUACGGUAAAUGUUUUAUUAAGUUGCUCAUAUUACGUACAUAUGUUUCAAUACAUAUAUAUGUUUUUAUUACGAAUUUUAGAUGAUGAUUUACUUUAUUUUUUAUGAAAUUUUAACCUUCAACGAACACCCACCACUGGCAACCCAUUGUUAUUUUUGACGUGACCGCCAUGUUUCUGGUGACAAACAAACCAAAAACUGGCUUCACUUUUGGAACGUGUGUCUUAAAUGAGUGUUACCCGUCCUCUCUUUUUUCCUUGUCUAAGGUGCAAUAUAUUAUCUUGUUAUUUAUAGUAUUAUGGGCUAAACCAUAGCCGUCUUUUUUGAACAGGCCGUCGCGUAGUAGCUGUGGCAACAUUGUCGAGCUGUCAAAUAGAGGGCCUAAUUUUAAAUUACGGUGAUGUGUUAUACGGGGCUAUGUUUAAAUGAAAACUUCCAAUAACUAGAAACUAAAGAAGAAAUGUCAUUUGAUAGAAACAGUUAGAAGCCUCCUAAUUUUGUCUGAUUUUUGCAACAAAAAUUGUAGUACAGUCUGUAUUAUGUAUGUAACGUAUAUUGCUUUUGCAAUACUUAAUUUGUACAAGGUUUGUGGCUUCCCCAAAUGUCUUAAUUUGGAUGGAAAAUGUUUUUUAUACUCAUAAUUUAUUAUUAGACGUAAAUUGACGUUCUAUGUUUAACAUAUAUGUAUGACAUCUGUUCUGACCUCAUUCAAAAGUAAUAAUAUCCAUAGUACAACUUUUUUGGUUUAUUUUUAAGAGCUUUUUAUAUAAUUUACAUCGCUGCUAAGCCACUGUUUUUAGUGAUAUUUUAUGCAAUAAUUUUUGUUAUAUUUGUUUCACAAAUAUAUUUUUGAAAGCACCA